GUCAAAAACACAUGUUUGCAAAUUAAUUUCUUUCAAAUUAAUUUCUUUGUAUAAAAAUAACUACAGAAAUUUCUAAAACAAAAAGGGCUGUUGCUGCUCGCCGUCGUAUUUGUAUAUAAACAAACGAGAGAAAGAAUGACGGGCGAAAAUACUAACCUAAAAAGUGGCCAAAAUGAUGUGGAAAAAGGUUUUACCUCCAGCCAAGGCCAGCUCCUGGUAGGAGAACAAAAAUACACAGUACGUGCAUUAAAAAUGAAUGGAGCCACAAUGGUCUUUUUGAGUGCCAGUGAACCGGAAUGUUUGGAUGAAAUGGCUGUAGCAAUGAAAAUGCCACAAGAUGGUCAAAUUAUAGGUACAACCAUUUUGGGAGCUCAAAGCAUAACAGACUCACAACGAUUGGCCGAGCAGUUUACACGACGCUAUGGCCGUCAGUUUUUUGUCAGCUUUAAUGUUAACGUAGAUCGUAUGACUGCACCUCUUUUGGAUAAAGAAUUGAGUGCAUAUAUGAACAACAACCAGGAACUGUUUAUUUGAUUAACAUGUAUUUAUUUUAGUUGCUGUAAUGAUUAAUAACCAUAAGAGAUUCCUUAAUAGGUACAUUCAUUUAAAAAUAAUAAUAUAAUAAUAGAA